AUGUUGUCUAGGGAACUCGAAAAUGUCCUUGCUUCGGCACAACAGCUCGAUCCGUCGUUCGACUUGAAGGAUUGCACAUGGGAAGCCUUGCUAGGCCAUAUCGACGCAGCAAUCGAGAUAGACGAUCGAAAGAACAAAAACAAAAUUCGUCGCGGUGUCAGAAACGCAAAAGCAGAUGUGCAGUUGCUGAAUUCUUUGAUAUCGAUCAUCCCGGAUGAGAAAGGCCUAAGUCUCCUACGUGGAGGACUCUCUAUCAUAUUUCAGCACAUUCUAGGAAUCCUUACAGGGAUUAUUGAGCUUUUCGCAUUAUCCGCUGCACAAAGACGUUUAUUCGCAAGUGAUGACGAGUUGCGAGCCUCACUCUUCGAUUUAUAUGGCGUUAUGUUGGAUACUGUUCAAGAGCUGAUUCGCAUAUUACUGCGAGUGCAUAAAGGCAACUGGCUCCAGCGUGUUCGCAAGCAGCUACCACCUCAUGAGUCCCAAAAGGUCGAAGAGAUUGUGACUCAUAUCGAGGUUGUCAAGAAACGAGUCACGAAUAGACUCAACCUCUUGAGCUUGGAGCGUGACACCAACACCUACAAAAACACCCAGAUCAUCAAGGACGAAGUUCAAGCCACACGCUAUCACAUUUCCACCGUUGAAGUCAACGUGAACACCAUGUCCCACAACAUGCGGGCAACACAACAGACUGCCGAGGAUAUCUAUGUUCAAAAUCAAGACAUCAGCACGCAGCUGGAUGGAAUAGGUACAUCCGUCAAUAAUGCCAGCGCCAAUAUUCAAAGCUACGUCGAGGCCUCAGUGGCGCGACAGUUCGAGCGGUGGAAGCAAGAGUUCGAUUCCGGCCUACGCAGUAUGCAAAAGGAGAACCAAGAUGUUGUAAGCAUGAUACAGACAUCCAUGUACCAGUUCAUGGGCGAGAAAAUGAACGCUGAGAGACUCGGCUGGCUUCCGCGCCCUGCCCCCCAACACCAACCUCUAACCUAUCAACCGAUAGAAAUCCCUCUCGAACAACUCACGCAUAUCCUCAACGUCGACCCCACCCCCAUGCUCCAAGAAACGCAAAGCAUAUUGCGCCUCACGCACGCCAUGCAACCAGAUGGUCUCACAAAAGUCCGCAGUCUCAUAUCAACAGGACAACUCCGCGCCUGGAUGAGUCUUCCCUUCCCAAACGUACUCCUCGUAGACGGACACUGCAGAGACCAAGGCCAGGGACGAACAUCCCCGCUCUCCAUCUUCUGCGCUUCACUGGCCGCCACGCUGGCACAAUCCAGCUCAAACAUCGUCUUGCAUUUCUUCUGCGAACACCACAGCCAGCCGGAGUACGAUGCAGUCAGUGGCCCAGCUGGAUUACUACGCUCACUCAUCACGCAGUUGCUACUGUAUCCGGAUGCGUGUAACAUGCCGACCGUGGCACUGGAGCAGAGCAUGUGGGAAGCGAUAUCAAGACAUGAAGUACCCGCGCUGCUCAGCCUUUUCGAACAGAUACUGGUGAGUACAGUCCUACCGUUGGUGGCUUGGACUCACGCUUUGGACUAG